AUGGAGACCGCCACCUGUGCAACACCUCCCUGGAUGACACCCUGCAGCUGCCAGCACGUUCGCCUGUCGCCUCCUCUUUCCUCUCAGGCUUGGACUGUUAAUUUUGUUGCGAUGGAGACUUUGUCCCUGGAGCACCAGAUCCAGAGCGUGCAGAGACAUAUCGCCUUCCUGAAGAAGGAACAGAUGGAACUGCUCCAUGACCUGCACCUAGAGAUUCUCCGAUUGCAAAAGCACUGCACAGAUCUGACCCAUGACCUUGAGACAAAGGAACUGGAAACUCACCAGCAAGAUGACAUUGAUCGGGAACUGGAGGAGAAGUGCAAGAUCAUGGAAGCCCAGUUGCAUGAGAAGGAGAAGGAUAAUCUGGAGCUGAGGAAGGAGCUCAGACAUAAGGAGACCCUGGUGUCCGCGCUGAGAUGCAAUCUCAGGAACAAGGAGAGGAAAUUCCUUGAGGAGCUGAAGAGAAGAAGCCACCGGGUGACUAUCCUUAACACGGAGCUGCAGAAGCAGACGGAGGCUGCUGCUUAUCUCUCCUUCCAGCUGCAUGCCACCAAACAGAAACUGCACGGCUCCCGGCAAGGUGGCAAGCCCCCCCCCGACAGGCCUCCGGACAAACCAUUCCCCACGCAGCCUUCCAGUGAGACGAGGCCCAAAAAACGAAUCCACAAGUCUCACGUUCGGAGGCUGGUGACCGACUGCUCCUAUAGUAAGGGAGUCAUCAAGGACUCCUUCCAGAGGGAGAGGAUGAGCAGCUUCGAAGAGGCAGACCCCAUGCCCGACCCAGCACUUUUUUUAUACACUAAAAGGCACCACGCUCCCCAUCGUCAGAAAUUUGAGCCCAAAGCCCAGGCCCUUAACAGAGCAGGGGCUGAUCCGAGUGACAGUGCAGCUGGGGGCUCCAGCCUGCCGAGGCCCUCCUGUCUUCAUUCCCAGGAGCAAGCAGAAGGUAUGAGCACCAGGCCUUCAGCCAAACCCAAGCCCUGGAAGGGUGAGAAAGGCAAACAGCAUGGAUCCAGCCCCAGGAAUUCAAAAGGCUUGGAGUAA